GGCCCGCUGGCGGGGCUCGCGUUCGCAGCCAAAGACUCUUACAAUGUGGCCGGCUACGCCACCGGCCUUGGAAACCCUAGCUGGGCAAGGGAUCACCCGCCCGCCAAGACAACCGCACCUGCCCGCAAAUCUCCCCGGUGCUUGCAGGCGUUGCUGGAUGCCGGAGCCAACCUGGCAGGCAAGGCUGCCAUGAGCGAGCUUGCCUACGACUUCUCAGGCCAGAACUACCACUACGGCACCCCCCCCAACACCGCCGCCCCAUGCCACAUGCCCGGCGGCAGCAGCAGCGGCUGCGCGGCCCUGGUGGCCUCAGGAGAGGUGGCUUUUGCUCUGGGCGGUGACACUGCAGGGUCGGUGCGGGUGCCCGCCUCCUUCUGUGGCGUCUUCUCCUGCCGCCCCAGCCACGGCCGGGUCAGUUUGGAAGGCUCCGUCCCGCUGGCGCCAUCCUUUGACACAGCUGGCUGGUUUGCGCGCGAUGCCGAGCUGCUGUCGGCUGUCGGCAAGACGCUGCUGGCAGGUAGCGCCCCCGGCCCCGCGGUCGACAGCUGGAACCUGGUGACUGCCACCACGCCGGCACGUGUCGCGUGCCUGCUGGCUGGUGCUUGCGGUGAGAGCGAACUUUGUUUGUUUCCACACCUGCUUGCCGCUGCCACCUAUCAGUGCUGCUGGCCCCUUCCCCUACCCUUGGCCCUGCAGAGCAAGGAGGUCAACGAGGUGCUUGGGCCAUGGGUCUCCGGCCCAACCAAGCCCGCAGUCAGCGCGGGCAUCGCCCAGCGGCUGAAGGCGGCGAGCCUGGUGUCAAAGCAGGCGGCAGCGGCGGCGCGGCAGCAGGCGGAUGCCAUCACUACCCGCCUAGACAGCCUGUUGGGCACCAGCAGUGUGCUGCUGCUCCCAACCACGCCCUUCCCAGCACCGCCGCUGGGAUCAGACCUGGAGGCGCAGCCCGACAACGUUGGCCGCCUGAUGGCGCUUACCAGCAUCGCCAGCCUGGCAGGCCUGCCCCAGGUGUCCAUGCCGCUUGCAACCCUGGAGGACGGGUUGCCGGUGGGGGUGAGCAUCAUCGGGCCGCGCGGCUCGGACGAGGCGCUGCUGGCGCUGGCAGAGCGGCUGGCGGCGGCG